UUCUUCCUCCAUACCGGAAGUUUAUAUCGGCGCUGUUGAUCUCUAUUCAUGGCCAGAAACCAUGAAUUAACCGAGUUUUAUUCAUUGGCCGUAUCAGGAAAACGCUGCGCGGUCUGCAGCGUGUCCUGAGUGUGGAGCGCUUGCUGCGAUGGUGCUGGAUCUGAGUGAGAACUGUGUGGAGAGGGCUGAUGGGGAGGACAUGGAGGCCACUCGGGAAGAUUUUCAAGAACCAGAGUCCAAUACAGAGAAACGCAAACCUGUCCCAGUCCGAGCAAGAAUCAGCAGUAUUACCCAGAGGGACGGGCUGCACCACAACGGGCCCUGUAGCACACCAAUGGAGCAGAAGGUGCAUGGAGCGGAAGGAGGAAAUAGUGGAAAAACUGAGAAAUUGGACUUACCCAUGAAGAGGACAGAAGCUCGAAGACCACUCAGUCUGGAGAUCAAACCGCAGCAUGUUAGGGCAAAUAAUCAGUGUGAAAGGAAAGUGGUGCAGCCUCCGUGGCGUUACGGUGCACCCUCUCCUCCCACGCGAAGCCUCACCAGCCCCAGUUUGGGACCUGGAGGCUGGAUGCGGCGUAGUGAAAGUACUUGUACUGUAAACUCCACGGCACAACCCAGAGCCAGCAGGGGGCGAAUGCGGCCAGCUACUUCCCUGCCACACAUUGCCCGGGGACUUGUGGCUGCACCCACACCUUCUGCACCACGUGGGCCCUGUUUACUCGUAGCUCUGAGGCCUAUAAAUCUCGAACAGGAGCGUCAGACCUUUUUCCAGUCAGACUAUAAGUACGAGCCCCAGUUUGAGUAUGCAUCACCCGAGCCUGUUAGUGUCCUGGAGAAGUAUAAGGAAGGAUCUGGACUCUUUCUUUCCCAGGCAGUUAAUAUCAUGGAGUGUGUCCUGAGGAAGUUUGGCACCUACGAGAACUUUGAAGAAGUCACUGGAGGAAGUGUGUUGCCCAAGAGUCGAGUGUGGGCGACGGUGCGCAAGUACUUACAGAAAGAGGGCUGUGUGGGUGAGGUGGUGGUGUCUCUGUCUGAUGAGCUCCUGUCUCAGGCUGUGAUGAUGGUGGAGAGCUGCAGGCCGACCUUAACCAUAAACCUGUCCGGAGCACGGCAGCACUGGCUAGAAGGGAUGCUAAGACAUGAGAUCGGUACACAUUACUUACGCGGCGUGAAUAACAGCAUGCAGCCGUGGGCCACUGCCGUCGGAAGGAAGCAGUUUGGACUGAAGCCAGCCAAUCCUACAGAGGAGGGACUGGCCAGCAUUCACAGCGUGCUGUUGCGGAAGCAGCCCUUCUUAUGGCGAGCUGCUCUCCUCUACUACACUGUGUACCAUGCAGCCAACAUGAGCUUCAGCCAACUGUUCAGCUAUAUCGCUCGCUUCGUCCAGGACCCCGCAGUACGCUGGGAGUACUGCCUUCGUGCCAAACGGGGACAAACGGACACCUCAAAACCAGGCUGUUUCAGUAAAGAUCAAGUCUACCUGGAUGGGAUCCUAAGGAUUUUACGCCACAGGAGAAACAUAGAUUUCAAGAUGUUAACCUCGCUGGGAAAGGUGUCCUAUGAAGAUGUGGAAAGGCUUCGUCAUCUCGCGGUCCUGCGGAGAACCAGGAUCCCUCAUUUCAUGCAAGACCAAGAACGUUACCUGCAGCAGCUGGACCACAUCGUUGUGACUAACGAACUGAACGAUGCUGAGAUACAAGAGCUCAUUCCAUGAGCAUAAGGGUUUGGUUAGACGGGAACUUUUUUUUCCCCCCUGCAUCCAAGUUUGAUUAUUUGGUCAUUUUCAGCUGUGACUCAGUGGGGUUAAAAAAAAGGGGGGGGGGUUCGUUUUAACACCUGGAUUAUAUCAGCAUCUGUGAAAAUUCACAUAGGACAAAAUCAAUUUUGAUUAAUCAAGUGAUUUACUCACCAUUUAAUCAUAUCCAUACUGUUUCAGUGUUAAAAUUCUUUCUUCAAAGUGCUAACAUUUGCUACAUGCGAGUUUACAGUUGCAGAGAUUAUCACCAAUUUCUCUGAACCAAUAAUAUAUCAAACAUUUGGAACCUCUGAGCGAUGACAGAAAUAUUGUAGCCUGAUUAUUGGAGGUCAAUGGAAGAUCAAGGGUAUCUUCAUUAUUACUUUUUUAUAAUUAAGUUGCCAUGAUAUUUCAUUGAAACGAUGUAGAUAAGCACUCGAGUAGCAUUUUGCUGAUUUCUACACACACUUCUUUUACCUCGUGUUUUAUGAUAAGCACUGCAUUUUAGUGUUGUUCCUGUGAUGCUGUUUUAGUCACUGCUUGAGCUUUUUAAACCACUGUCAGUAUUUAUGCAAGUAUUUAUUCUUUUUUUUUUUACCUCAUGUGUUCAUAAUGGAAACUGAAUGUUUGUGACUUUAGAUAAAUAAUUCCAUUAGUCAUCAUUAGGGAUGCAUCGAUACCUUUUUUUUUUUUUGGGACUCGUGGAUACUGUUACAGAUACCAAAAUGAGUAGCCUCCUUAACUGUUUUACAGUUAAAUUAAGGGCAUCAUGAAGCAAUGUGCUGCAAGCAACUGAACCUCAUGCUGAGAUUGAUGUUUUUACAUGUUGUGGUGUUUAAAUAGUAUUUCUAAUAGAGUGCGCAUGGGCUGCCGACCGGAGCGUGGAGAGCAGUAUCAGUGAGCCUGGUAAUUAAUACUGAAUUCAAGGUGCCGUGAAUCGCACCUAGACUACUGGGUUCCUACUCCAAGUCAAAUGUCAAGUUCCCCGAUUUUUCCCUGACCUCUAAUGAACAGGAAAAACAGGCCACCUUUAUAGUGAACAGACAAAAAUCAGCCACCGUAUUUUAAACCCAUUAGCUUUAUUUAUUAAUUCACAGUACAAAACUUAGUUUCCACCAGUAUUAUAAUCAAGUCACUAAACCUCGAGUCAGAGUCCAGUCUUGAGUCCCCAGUGUUCAAAUCAGAGUCAUGUCCAAGGCCAAGUUUACAUUAGACCGUAUCUGUCUCGUUUUCUUCGCGGAUGCACUGUCCGUUUACAUUAAAACGCCUGGAAACGGGAAUCCGCCAGGGUCCACGUAUUCAAUCCAGAUCGUGUCUGGUCCGGUGCUGUGUAAACAUUGAGAAUACGCAGAUACACUGUGCUGAGCUCUAGCUGGCGUCGUCAUUGGACAACGUCACUGUGACAUCCACCUUCCUGAUUCGCUGGCGUUGGUCAUGUGACGCGACUGAUGAAAAACGGCGCGGACUUCCGCCUUGUAUCACCUUUCAUUAAAGAGUAUAAAAGUAUGAAAAUACUGCAAAUACUGAUGCAAAUACUGCCCAUUGUGUAGUUAUGAUUGUCUUUAGGCUUGCCAUCCUUCCACUUGCAAGUGGUAAGUGACGCGCAUGCCCGACAUGCACUGAGAUCACACACACAGCGGCUCAGUCCCAAAUCACUGCUCGUGCGCUCCACUCGCGCGCUCUGUGAGCUGCGCAGGGCCGGAGUGCGCACCCUCCAGAGGGCACUCGCUGUUCAGGGCGGAGUGAUUUGGAGCGCAGAAUGCCUGCGGAGCUGAGCGUAUCCGUGUAUUGGCGCUGCUGUGUGCACGCGAAUCGUGUAUUGGCGUUGCUGUGUGCACACUAAUCGUUUUAAAAACGUUAAUCUGAUGAUCCGCUGAUACGGUCUAAUUUAAACCCCACCCAAGUCAUUCAAGAAAAUUUCGAGUCGAGUCCGAGAACAAGACUCCAACGGCACCAUUUGACGGUGGCUGUUGCUGCCUUUAUGUGAAACCGUCUCUGCCAUGGUGUUGGACUAACGUUACUGCUCGACUGCCCCGUUUUAGUUAAUAGGCUACAGAUAAAAAGCUUGUUCAUCGCUCAGCAAGCCCCGCCCAUGAUCAACAGGGCAAAUAACAUGAGAGAGGGUUAACACUAGCUAGUUCAUCAGUCAGCAAGCAAGCCCUGCUAUCAACAGAGCAAUGAACAUAGCGUGUCACUUCCUUCUCUGAGUGGAGUCUCGCCAAACGACGAUUGAAAUUGGAGGUUGUCCCCGUCGUCUCCUCGAUAGUUCUUCUACAUAUGGAACACAUAGUAGUGCAUUUUUUCCCACUACAUAAGAAGCCUGUAUAAGCAAAGCAGACAAUCCUAGGGGUGUUCUCUCCAGGCAUUUUAGCGCCAUUAACGUUAGUUUGUUCCUGAACAUGACGUAUGAACAGGUGAAUGUGCAUUCUCUUGCACAACAUUAGUAUAAAAAUUAAUGUAGAUAUAAAUAUCUUAUGCCAAAUUAUUAUGGCAUGUUACAAAAAAAUAAAGAAAAAAAAUCUGAGUCCUCGUCUCCAAUUUACGAGUCCAAAUGCAGUUAAUGCACGAGUCCAAGUCAUCAGUGCUCAAGUCCAAAUCAAGCCACGAGUCGUACUCAAGUCCAAGUCCUGGACUCGAGUACUAAAAGCCUGGUUUCCACUGCUUAAACCUAGUGAAAUACUGCAUGGAAAAUAUUGCCAUUUUGCCAAAAUGGCAACUAAAAUUUAAACAUGCUACAUACAAAAUUCCCUGGUAUUCCAUGACUUGGCACACGUACGGAUGUGGUCAAUCAAGCUCUGCCCCAUUGUGACCCAGCAGGCUUCUGACCAUGUGGUGUCCAGUGUCUCUUCUAGUACUUCAAGCUCUGACAAUGGUUCUCAAAGCCAAAACCCCACUGCCUACUGGCUGUCCCUAAGACCUUUAAGCCAUUCUCUUGAUUAACUGUGACCCAGCAGGCUUCUAGGAGUGUGGUGUCCAGUGGUAGUAGUACUAGUACUUCAAGCUCCUACAGUGGUUCUCAAAGCCAAGGCUCAACUGGCUAUGGCCUGUUUCAAGGACUUUCCAGCCUGUUUCCAAACAUGGCAAAGGACAAGUCGACUGAGCUCUGGUCCUACUUGUAUGAUCAAAUCCCCUGACUUUCCAUAUCCGGAAUAGACUUUUUAAAAUUCCUUGAUAUUCCAGAAAUUCCCUAGCCUGGCAAGCCAGACUAAAUGUGAAUAUUCAGUCUGGCCUUGCUCGUAGACAUUUCCGAAGGGUGUGGGAGGAACAACCCGUUGUCUUUCAAACUGUCUCUAUGCGUAUAGGCCAACGCUCUGACCAAUCAGCGCAAGAGCGACAGAAAGCAGUGGGGGAGGCCUUGAAAUAAAUAAUUUUUCAAAAUGCGUAUUAAUUAAUAAACAGGUUCUAGAUAUUAAGAAGUUUGGAGAUAAUGACCACAAGUUUGGAGUCUGUACCACAUACUUAACGUACGCUUUUUUUUUUUCAAGUGUUUUUCAAGGGUUUGCUUAAACUGUUUGAGUGUUUUUAUUUUUAUUUAGUGGUGUUUGGUGAAAUAAUUUCCCUUAAAUUUAAAAUAACGGGAAAAUAAGAAACAAUCAAAAAGUAAUGUUUCAAAGCUGUUUAUUAAUUCUUCGUACUGCACAAACUAGCCCCAUCCUUUUGGCUACCAACGGAGCCAGCUGGUAGAUCAGACUUUUGCCAUAGCCGGUCGGCAAAACAGCGAAAACGUCCUUCUUGAAAAGGAAUGAGCAGAGAGCCUCUUCCUGCUCAUGUUUCAACGAAAACUCCAAGUCUAAUUCUUCUAAAACUGAUUCCAAAGCGGAGUCAAAUGCGCACUGUUCACUAGCCGUAGCCAUCUUUCCUGUUGUGCUUUCUCCAGCGCCGCACAGCCUUGUCGUCACUCCUGCAAAAGCCCGCCCAAAGAAUCCAAAUAAAAACCUUGCGUUGUGAUUGGCGGGCACGAUUUGAUGCCCGGGGUGUUUUGUUGAUAUGGUGCGAGGCUAGACCCACUCGUAGGCAAAAAUAUUUUUGGCCGCUAGGCGGGUGGGUCUAGUUUACUAGGCUAGAAAUUCCCUAACCCGUGGGAACCCUGUGUAGACCCUGGUGAAAGUCAGCACGCAUACUGUAUCUCAGGGCCUCGUAUCAGUGCUUGCAGAAUUCACAUCCAGCAGUUUUUCUGCACACUUGCUUCUCAGCUCCAUGCCUGUGUGCGCGCACAUUUCAUAUGCUCUUGCCCUUAUUUUAAUGACCACGCUCCGUAUUACUGCUCAGUCGCAUUCACAAUGCUCUAUUAAGAUACUAUUUACAUGCCAAUUAUAAUGUUUUCAGGUUACGUGUUUUGCAGGAAGUUGCUAUAGUUCCUCGUCUUUAUAUCUUCACAGAACAGUUUGCAGUCUGCUUUACUUUUCUUUGAUUGCCAUCAUUAAUCAUAAAGUACAUCCAGAUCUCUGUCAUUUUGUGGCAUCUGUUCCUUAGCAUGACAAAUGUACACUAGGCUUUACGUCACAUUGUAUCAUGCAGUAAAGGAUAUUGGCAUUUUUUUCAAGCACCAGCAAAUAAGCACGGUAUUGACCAAUACUCGAUUUAGUAUCAGUAUCGAUGCAUCCCUUGUUAUCACAUGCCUUAGUGUUUAAAAAAAAAAAAAAGGGCACCAAUGAUCACUAGAAAGCGUCACAUGACAUUGAGUGGCCACAUGCAUUAAAAAAAGUGCAAUUGACUUGACUAGUAUUUUAUAUCAAGACAGGAAAAUGUAGUCAGUCUGUAUUUGGAGUCGAAUGUGACACGAGUGCACCUGUAGACCGUUACCACUGCAGCUUCUGGCUCUUAAUCCUGCUCGCAAAUCGGCUACCUGCAGCUCCUUCACUGUCGUACGUUCGCACAGGGCACGUGAUGGACUGAGAUGCAACAAAGUGAUGUGGAUGUGCCUUUGAUGGGUUCAGAACUCAUCUGUAGUAGUCAUCUGUUUGUAAAAAGCUUGAAAUCACAUGUUCAAACUCUGUAGUACUCAUCUUCUGUAUUGCAUGAAUAU